GGUAAUGUAGUUUUCUCAACCGCCCAUGGAGUACUGGCAUCCCAGCCAAUGACUUAGGUGAAUAAAGGUGUUGUGGCCCAGCAAGUGACACCUGGGGAAGGAGAAGAUGAGACCAGAGCCUGGCUAACUGGAGCAGACUAACAGUUCUCUGAGGGGAAGAAGGUAGGGAGGAAUGCAAGAGAUCCACCAAAGAAUACAUACAGAGGUCAGAGCUCCCUUUCUGGAGGCCACAGUGAGGAAGUUUGAUGACAUCUAUAAAAAGGGAAGCGAGGGCAAAGAGUGUAACAACCUUUUCACCAUCAUUGCCCAUUUGUGUGACUUCCACCGGGUACAGUCUCUCCUCAUAUUCGACAUUUUGGAAAAAGUUACUAGAAAUUUCGCAGAGAAAGAUAUGGAAUGGAUCCUAUUAAUGCUGAGAAAUGAGGACUUUCUGAAAAUAAAAGAUGAUGUUUUGUCACUGGAAGUGAACACAGAGAAACAAGACUAAGCCAGCGGGGCAGGCACCAAGUUCCAGGACAAGACCAGGUAUGAUGGGUCACUCAACCUGCCUCCUAAGUGCCUAAAUCCUCAGAAGCUGAUCAGCACAUAGAAUACACUGCUUAAAACUACCAGUACUUUUGCAUUCUUUAAGAAAAAUAUUUUAAAAAUAAAUAAA